AGAGAGACGCGUCUCCCUGAAGCAGCUCAGGUUGACUGAGCGCUUCCACGUCCUCCAGCUUCUUAGAUUGUUUUGUUUCUUUUUGGGGAGAUGAUGGGAACAUCCGACUGGUUCUGGAGGAUUGUUGAGUUGAUUUUAACUUAAUAAAAUGAGAGAAAUGUAGCUCCAGACGUUCAGGAGCAGAUGGAUUAAGAGCUCAGACUCACCUGCUCCAGAUGUCGCUGUCUCUCCUCCCGGUCCUGCUGCUGACUCUGCGCGCGGCUCUGGUGGACGGUGUGGCCGCCGCCGCGCCUCGCACUUUCGCGGACACCGACCCGAUCACCGGCGCGCCCCUGGAGUGUGAGCGCUGUCCGCCGGGCACGUACCUCCGUGCGAGCUGCACGUCGACGCAGAGGAGCAAGUGCGAGCCGUGUCCCUCGGGCUCCUUCACCGAGCUGUGGAACUACAUUGGGAAAUGUCUGAGGUGCGGAGUUUGUGGACAGAAUCAGGUGGAGAAGACGUCCUGCUCCGCCAGCAGCGACUGUCAGUGCGAGUGCAAACAGGGAUAUUACUACAAGCAGAAGUACGACAUGUGCCUCCCGCACAGCGCCUGUCAGUCCGGCCUGGGAGUCCUGACGACAGGAUCCCCCGAGGAGGACACGGUGUGCUACGCCUGUCCCAACGGCACCUUCUCUGACGUCAUCUCGGCUCAGCAGAACUGCACGGAGCACAAAACCUGCGGCGCCGCCGGCCAGCAGCUGCUGCUGAAGGGCUCCAGCUGGCACGACAGCGUGUGCACGAGCUGCCAGUCAACAGACGGAGCCGACUACCUCAAAGAAAUCGUCCCGGCCUUCUUCGUUCACCAGAAAGUGCACAGCAGGCGACUGCGUCAAAUCCUGAACCGGCUCCCGUCUGAGGACGGCAGAAGAGUCGGAGCGUCGGCGGGCCUCAGUGCCUCCGAUCUUCAGGAACGGAUCAACAGCUGGGUCUCCGCUGCCACAGCCAGCCAAAUGCGGCAGCUUCCGGCCAUGCUGAAAAGAGCGGGAGCAGCCGGCGCUGCAGACAAACUACAGAGCAAACUGCAAAGACUCGACAACCAUCUGACCGAGAGGUGUCUGGGGAACGAGGUGGAGGCAGUUUUAAUGUCAGUAGUGAGUGAGUAUUGACCUGUUCAGGAGACACUGUCAGCACACCCUGCAUUAAUUAAAGGACAAUACCGCCACAAUUAGAGUAAUAGUUCAUUUACUUCUGUCUACAUCUAGCUAGCUCAUUAGAUCAUGUGUCAGUACAUUUCAGUUCUUGUUGUCUUUUCUCUUAAAAUAAUGCCCAAACAAUCCGAAGGUUGUGUCCCCCAGCUGUCCUGUCUAGCUUAAAUCUAAGAAGAAAUAAAAUGUUAUAAUAAAACUAUGCAACAUGAUAUGAGGACACUUCAUUUACACAGGAAUAAAAUAAUCUAAUCUAAUAUGAAGAAACAUUAGAGAGCAGUUUAUAAUCCUCGUAGAGAUCACAGCGAUCAUGUGUGAACCUUUUUGUAUAUAUUUGUGCUCUUGGCUGCACAACUGACGCUUAAAACGAAAGAAGACGAAAGCCAGAGGAAACGACAGGUGUUUCCCUUUCUAGUAUAAAGAAGUGUUAGCCUGCAGUAUAUCUACCUCUUCCUAUGUCUGCAUUUCACACUGAGAGUUUAAUUUAUUUCACUAUUUAUAAGAGGGUAAGUUCCUGAGGAUCAGUGCAUAUGUUUGGCAUGUUUUAUACAUAAAGAUUGAAUAUUGUUUUAUGCAAAAGUUUUUGCAUGUGUGGCUGCUUUGAAUGACCCUCAAAUAAAAGAAGAUCGCAAAAUGUAA